AUGGCAUCCGAAGAUCCUAACCCCGAUUCGGACUCAGAUCCGCAUCAAGCCCCAACUUUGGCAUUGAAACAAGCUCUAUGCUUUUCCUGCUGGGACGUAUCCUCCAAUCUCAAUCGAUGCAGCGCUUGCAAACGGGUCUCAUACUGCUCAGCGAAGUGCCAAAAGCAAGACUGGAACAGGAAUCACAAGAAAAUCUGCAAGAAACUUGUUGCUUUAAACAAGCAGAAGGGAUAUGUACCCUCAGCUGGCAGGCAGUGGAAUGACUACUAUGACGAGCAGGAGCUAGACUUAGGAUCUGGUAAUCGGAAUCCUAGUGAACUUAGAAUAUUCGUUGGGUAUGUCCAUUCUCCCGUCACCGAUGAAAACCGAUCGCCAACAAGCCUGGGCACUAUUACCAUCUACGAACCAUAUUGCUAUCACUGCUACAGAAGAGAGUCUCAACUUGAAGAUGGGGCGAAGUUGAACGCCUGCCAAUACUGCCUUCUCACCUCAUUCUGCCCCUCCUGCCAGCAAACACAUCCAUCAGCGGAGUGCUCCACCUUGCAAGAUAUUGCGGCCGACGACAAGAUUAUUGUAGAUCUCCGCCGGCGAACGGGAAAGAGCUCGACCUUUUCUCCCACCAAAUUUCCCAGAAAACAACAUUUUUUACUCUCUUCCGCAAAGGACUGGUAUGACUACUACACGAGGCUCUCAGACAUGGGUGGCUUCAGGUCCAAAAUGAACCGAGAUCUGAAGUACCUCGCAAACGACCCCGAAGAACGAAAACUCGUCGAAUAUAUGAGAUGCGGUACUAACACGACAACAAUUCAACUUACCUUAAUCGCUGCCUUGGAGGCGGUGAUACCCAAUAUCAGCACUCGGGGUUCGAUCAACAUUCACAUUAUAGGCGCAGCUGGAGCUGAAUUUAACUCUGUUCCUGCAUUCGAGGAGCUAUUGCACUUUCUACCAUCGCUGACUGCCCUUCAGUUAUCUUUCGUGGGUCUGAAUGUGCUCGAGGACCUUAAACACGACACAGAAACCCAGAAUCCACACACACUUCAGUGCUGCACCACGUGUACCAAGAUGGGACGGACAAUUUCCAUUACCACCUGGAGAGGUCCAUAUCACGCAUACGUCGAUACCGAAUUCUACAAGACGCCAGAUCUAGCAGCAGCCUUCCGCUCAGGGUUUUCGGUAGACGAAGAAGAGGACUGGUAUCCAACCAUCAAGUAUCUUGCACAUGCUCCACAUCCAACACUCCUUACUGCGGCCAGAUACUUUGAGAUUCAGGGAGAAAUGGGAGUUUGGAAGAAUCUGGGGGCUGAAUUUGUGAAGAACGCUGAAGUAAAUAAGUGGAAGGGGAUGUCUCCUUCGCUUACAGUCUGUGGGGACAAGCCGAACGAGGUCGUCUAUCGAAAUUAUUGGUGGUAUAUCGUGAAACAAAGGUAA